CAAACAUGUCACUUCACAUUCUUCUAUCUGAUUGCCAGUAUGGCUGCCGUCAAGGUCGCUCUACUGGUGAUCUCCUGGCGUUCCUUAAGGCAGCGUCACACCAGCACUUUUCCGUCUUCUUUUUCUGUCAAUUUUCUAAUGACUGUCAACUUUUGCAGACACACACAAGCUUGCUUCCGCCUUUGCCGCGCUUGUCGAUUGUACACAAACAUGGCUCAUUUCACUUCACAACCAUUUAACUGACGUCACAAGGUAGGCAACGAGACGCUCACCUUACCAGCUCCACAUCAGUUCACAGCUGACCUCCACGCAGUCCAGUCCUCUCCUGCUCCAGUUAGUGUUUCACCCUUCACCUGGUAAGCCUUCACCUUCUGACGAGCCGUUCCUUCUUGGUGGAAAUAACAUAUAUGAUCCACGGACAUAUAUUGUUCGCCUUGUGUUUUGAAAGGCUUUUAUGUGACACAGUACUGUUUCUUUUUGUUCAGACCGAUGUCGGACCAGAACGAGGCUCACGAAACGCCAAGGCGUUCGUCAUCGUCGUCAUCUGAGAAGAAGAGACGUGAGAAAGACUCUGUGCCUUUACCGGCCAGUAAAAGGAGGGCCACCCAGAACAUGGGAGUGAAGGACGGUUUGAGUCAACCACGGCCCGAGUGUGGUUCACCACCAGCUGUGGCCGGCCCAAGUCGCGCCAACACAACAACCGAGUGCUCGUUUGGCGGUGAAACUCUCAACCGGCUAUCUGCAUUGUUGAGUGGUUUAAUUGAAAAACUCGACAAUAACCCAGUACGGGAAGAUGAGCCUUACGAUAACUGUGAAAAUUUUCGUGGCCCUCAUGACAUUUCCUCGUCUGAGGACGAUGUCACAGUCAAUUCAGUGGGUUUGCCUGACCGUUUGGAUGAACUGGACACGUUCAACUCCAUGCCUGCGUCCCAAGACUGUGAUGAGGUUGAUUUUCUUAAGGCAUUAGGGGAUUUCUCGGGUCUUUUCCAUAGUGAGGAACAGAAAGGAGAGCCCCUCUCUGAGCGGUUGGCCUCCAUCCUAAACUUGAGUUUGAGACGUCGACCCUCCGCUGAAGGUAUAAAAUCUACUUGUGAAAAAAAUCAAGCUCCCAAGCAAUGUACAAAACCUGAAAGUUCCCGUGACCAACGCUGCCGUUUCCAAAGCUAUGAGUUUUGGUGGAAAAUUAAUUGACACUUACUCAGACUAAUAGCCUGAUCUCAAAAGCUUUAGUUCCUAUUGCACUGUGCAUAAGCGAUAUCGGGGAAAAGAAAGGAAAGAAUAUCAAUUCAUACUUAGAUGGACUAAACAUGAGUCUUAGGCUGCUUUCCUCUGCUAUUAAUUAUAUUAAUCAACUACGGAAAGAAGUUGCACGGCUCCAUGUUCACGACUCUGCCUUGGCCGAGCUUUGCAAGUGGAAGUAUGAGGUUAGACAAGAUGCUUUUUUUCCGUUUGAUGUGACUAAGAGAUGUGAGGAAAUACACAAAACAAAGAAACUGGGAAGGCCUACAUACUGUCCUUACAAGUCUUCUGGGAGGAGAUAUACUUCAAACAAGCAAAUUAGGCGGCCCUAUCAGGUUUCCUCGCAUUCUCGGCUACAUAACCAGCCAAGGCCUUUUUUAGGCCAGAAGCAUCCCCAGGGGAGAGGGAUGCAUUUACCAAAACUCCCCCAAUAAGCCGCCCCAGGGAUCAUCUCAAGAGUUUUGAAGAAACUCCAAGAAGACGAAGCAUCAAUACUGAUGGUAUUCCCACUGUGGCCGACCCAGUUUUGGUUCCCCAAAGCUCUCCAGCUAAUGGCAGCAGUUCCCGUUCUUCUCCCCAAAAAAUACCCUAGUUCUUCCACAAAAUCCUACUCAACACCAUCCACAGGCUCAAAGGUUGGUGUUAACGAGAGCGAUUUUAUCAGGGAAUCGUACGAAAAUUAAGGCUUUUCGGCAGAGGUUACCCAAUUUCUCCUUACGUCAUGGAGAUUAAAAGGAUUAAAUAAUCCUCAAAUUAAGUCAUCACAAGGG